CUCACCAGUCCCUACCUCACAUACAGCUAGCGAGCACAAGCCUCCUAGCUCCCCCAGCCCUCCCUUGUUCAGCUACGACCACUCACUCAGCCAUGAUGAGCAGCGGCAGGAUGAACGCGGCGGCCGGCGACGACUUACCGUUAGCAGCAAUGCAGCCGCCGCCCUACGUCGGCUUUGAGCUCGCCGCCAGCAUGAUGGCUGGUGGCGGAGGAGGAGGCCAGCCCCACGAGGGGGCGAUGAUACUCGACAACUUCCACUUCCCGGCGGCAGCGGCCGCCUUCAACCAGUUCCAGGAGGCGCCGCACCACCAGAUGCUGGCGCUGCCUUCCAACGGCAACGGCGGCUGUGGGCUGGUCCACAUGGCGCCGCCGCCCAUGUCCGGGAUGCAGCUGCAGAUGCCGCCGAUGGCCAUGCACGGUCACGGUGACGUGUGCCCGGCUCUUGGGAUGGUGAAGCGCGAGGGCGGCGCCGGGGACGCGGGGAGGAUAGACUUGAACCACGGCCAGCGGACCUGCUUCCCCACCGGCGACAUGAUGGCGGUGGACCCGAUGCUCAUGCGGUCCCGUCUUGGCAGCGUGUUCGACCUGGGAUUCGGCCGCGUCCACCGCCAGCCGCCUCGGUGCCAGGUGGAGUACUGCAAGGCGGACCUCUCCGGCGCCAAGCACUACCACCGGCGCCACAAGGUGUGCGAGUACCACGCCAAGGCGGCGCUUGUCUCCGCCGCCGGCAAGCAGCAGCGCUUCUGCCAGCAAUGCAGCAGGUUCCACGUGAUCACGGAGUUCGACCAGACCAAGAGGAGCUGCAGGAAGAGGCUCGCAGAGCACAACCGUCGCCGGAGGAAACCGGUGGCCAGCGGCGCGGGGGCGGUGUCCAAGGACUUGGCCGUGCCUUCCAGGAAACAAAACGCCGGGGGCAUCUCCAGCUCCUACGCCGGCGACAAUAACACUUUGAGCGCAACCUACACGAGCGCGACCAGCUGCCUUCAGCAGGGCCAGGCCAGGCUAGCGGCGGCGAGGCAGAUGACGCUCGCCCUGGGCGUGCCCCCGGAGAAGGACCGCCGCCAGCAGCAGCUCAGCAACUCCAUGCAGCUCCACCACCAUCAGGAGCAGCAACACUUCAUCACCUCCCUCCUGCACAAUAGCAACAUCAUGUCACGUUCGUCGGUGUGCUCCAGCACGAUGCCGUCCGCGGCGGUGGCCAACAGCCAGGUCUUCGACCAGCAAAACGACAACACCAAUGGCAGCAACCACGCCAACAACGGCAUCCAUAUGUUUGAGGUGGAAUUCAUGUAGAUGCUGGAUCUUGAGCAUUGUGCUUAACAUAAUUAUGAUCAAACCGCAGUUAGAACACCACAUUAGAUAGUUGCCGGAAGUGUUUUGUUUUCACCUGUUAUAGGACAGGUCCACUGCUUUGUUGUAUUGGGGCUAAACAGCAACAAAGCAAUGUACUCCCUCUGGUCAUUUUAGUCUGCA